AUGGUUGGCAAGGACUGCGUCGCCAUCGCCUGCGAUCUCCGCCUCGGCCUCCAAGCCCUGACUGUGUCCAACAACUUUCCCAAAAUCUUCCAGUACGGCGACGUCUUCCUCGGCCUGACCGGCCUCGCCACCGACGUCAGCACCGUCAGCGACCUCUUCCGCUACAAGGUCAACAUGUACCGCCUGCGCGAGGAGCGUGACAUUGCCCCGCGCACCUUUGCCAACCUCGUCUCCUCGUCGCUCUACGAGCGCCGCUUUGGCCCCUACUUUAUCUCUCCGGUCGUCGCCGGCCUCGACCCCAAGACGGGGAAACCAUUCAUCUGCGGCUUUGACAGCAUUGGCUGCAUCGACUUUGCCAAGGACUUCAUUGUCGCCGGUACGGCCUCGGACCAGCUCUUUGGCAUGUGCGAGGGUCUAUACGAGCCUGACCUGGAACCCGAUGCGCUUUUCGAGACCAUUUCGCAGGCGCUGUUGUGUGCCGUUGAUAGAGAUGCUUUGUCUGGUUGGGGUGCACACGUGUACAUUAUUGAAAAGGGCAAGAUUACCAAGAGGUUACUAAAGGGCCGCCAGGAUUAG